GGAGACGCUUGAAGGAAGAAGAGUGGUGAAGCCAAGAAGCCAUAGAGGAAGAGAGGCAAAAAAACACCUCCAGGAAGAAGUGAGUUGAGUGAUAUGGAGUGGAGGAAGUGUUACCUAGAUGUUGUACUAGUGCCACUUGGGCUGUUCAUCACCAUGGGGUAUCAUGUCUGGCUAUGGCAUAAGGUUAGAACACAACCCCUCUCAACCUUCAUUGGUAUGAAUGUGAACGGCCGCCGGUUCUGGGUGUCAGCCAUGAUGAAGGACAACGAUAAGAAGAACAUUCUGGCGGUGCAGACUCUUCGAAAUGCGAUCAUGGGGUCGACCCUAAUGGCGACUACAUCAAUCCUUCUGUGCUGUGGCCUGGCUGCAGUGAUAAGCAGCACAUACAGUGUAAAGAAGCCACUCAAUGAUACCAUAUAUGGAGCACAUGGGGAGUUCAUGAUGGCUGUAAAGUAUGUGACAAUCCUCCUCUUCUUCCUCUUCUCAUUCCUCUGCCACUCUCUGUCCAUCAGAUUUGUGAACCAAGUCAAUCUCCUUAUCAACACCCCACAAGACCCCAUGAAUGUAGCCACCCCACAGUAUGUGACAGAGGUUUUAGAGAAGGGGUUCUUCCUCAACACCGUUGGGAACAGGCUCUUCUACACAGCACUCCCUCUUCUGCUAUGGAUCUUUGGGCCUGUUCUGGUUUUCUUAUGCUCAAUCACAUUUGUCCCAUUGUUUUACAACCUUGACAUUGUGCCUCCAAGUAGAAAGGGAAAGAUGAAUGAGAUUGAGAACAGCGGCUUUGAGUCAGUGUAAGAACAACUAGUAUAUUGUAUGACACCAAUAAUUUGUGAUUUGCUUUGAAAUGUAUGCAAUCUAAGGCUCUGAAUACUGAAUUCUAAUUCAAAAAUCAAUCUA